CUUAUUAAUACAAAUUAACCUGGAACGUGGAUAUGUCGUUGAUUCAUUUUGAUUAUACGUGUUGUUUUAUUUUGUGACUAAAUAAAUAUGGCACCGAAGCAAAAGUUCGCUGAAGGUGAGAAAGUAUUGUGUUUUCACGGUCCUCUGAUUUACGAGGCAAAAUGUCUAAAAAGCGUUACUAAAGACAAACACGUCCGUUACCUAAUACAUUACGCAGGAUGGAAUAAAAAUUGGGAUGAGUGGGUUCCGGAAAGCCGUGUCUUGAAAUAUAACGAGGCAAAUGUGCAGCGGCAGAAGGAAGUGCAGCGGGCGCAUUCAACCCAGCCCGCAAAGACCAAGAAAACUCCGUCAAAGGGUCGUAAAUCUGAAUCAGCUGCAACUGGAACACCUGGAAAGGAGGAGGCAGCCACACCAGCCGCGGCCACCAAGGGACGCAAGUCGGAGGCGGCACGCGACGAAUCCCGGGCUUCCACCCCCGCUGGUAAAGAUGUAGAGACCCCGGCGGCGGGCAAGGCCAGCAAGACCUCCAGCAAGGACGCGCCUGCCGACUCCGGCUCCGACCAGCCCAAAAAAAAACGCAGCCGCCUUGACCUAUCUAUCGAGUCUGAAGAGCAAUACCUAGCCAAAGUAGAAGUGAAGAUCAAAAUCCCUGAAGAACUGAAAGUCUGGCUUGUCGACGACUGGGAUGUCAUCACGAGACAGCAGAAACUAGCCAUCCUCCCGGCCAAACUCACCGUUGAACAAAUAGUCGACAACUAUCUAGCAUUCAAGAAAUCCAGCAAAACGCAUAACCAAGCGAAGGAAACCGUCUUAGUAGAUAUUACUGAGGGUAUCAAAGAAUAUUUCAAUUCUACUUUAGGAUCUCAACUCUUGUAUAAGUUCGAAAGGCCUCAGUAUAGUGAGAUAUUGCAAGAAUACCCCGAUACACCUAUGGCACAAGUAUAUGGUUCUAUACAUUUGCUCCGGCUCUUUUCCAAAAUGGGCCCAAUGUUGGCAUAUACAGCGCUGGAUGAAAAGUCGCUUCAACACGUUUUAACGCAUAUACAGGACUUUUUGAAGUAUAUGGUCACGAAUAGAUCGACGUUGUUUAAUCUCCAAGACUAUGGAAAUGCUACGCCCGAGUACCACAGAAAGGUACAAUAGUGUUUACAUUGUAAGCCGCCUGGUUGUUUGAAAGAACAAAAAGAGCAGCAAAGAUGAGUAAGUAAAAAUGACUGCUAUUACGCUAAUAUUCAUUAUUUGCAGUUCUUUAAACACAGAUAGAUUAAUCUUUCAUAAUUAGCCUCAUGCAUGAAGUUUAUAUUUGAACGAAAUAUGUUUUAUUCGGAUGUUUGUUACCGUUAUAUCAUGUUACAAAUGCAUUUCCGUUUUUAAAUUACCAUUUAAUUACUUAAAAUUAUAAAUAAAAAGUACAAAAAUUUGCCCGCGAAAAGCUAGUGAGCGAAACGCUCGAAACGCCACGUGACGUCACGCGUUCGACAGAUUAGUGUCAUUAGUAGCAAACGUCAGUUGGGCCGCCCAACGUGUGACGUCAUCACGCUCUGUCGAAUUCGCGCCAAAAAUUAUGAGCGUUUCAACCGCUCAAAAAUUGUCAACAUUUUAAAUAUUUUUUAAUAAAAUAAUGUUAAGGUUUACAAAACUAUUUUUAUCAUUUCCGGUGUUCCAACGAUAUAAAUUAUGAAUCCAAAAAUAAAAAUAAAUUCAUGCAUGGAGCUAAUUGUGUGGUGGCCAAAAAUUGUGGGUUCAUGCCUCAUUUAUGCUGUAUACACGGUGCGGUCCUUUAGAUUGGAUUCAGAUUCAUUUAUUUCUCAUUGAAAAUGUACAUUAUAUUUUACAUGUAAAAAUAAAAUGCAUUCACAAAUAAAUCGUCACAACACAAUAUCAAGAAUAAUAAUCAAAAAAUAAAAUAAUGUUUAUUUUAUAUUUAUGAGUGAUAUGUAAAUAUGGAUGAGUAGAUUUUUUUUUAAUGGAGACGGAAGCUAUAAUAAUAUGACUGCACCGCUAUCCUAGGAAACCAGAGCUUGAGCCUCGGAUUCAAAGAAAUGCAAUUUGUUUGGAUAUUAGCAGUGGUUGUUACAAAAAAAUAUUACCUCUGUUAUGUUAUAAUUGUUCAAAAAACAUGAUUAUAUUUUUAAAAUAUUAAUUUAAUUGCUGAAAUAAAUUUAGAUCAUACUGUACAGAGGCAGCGAAAAGCAAUGUUAUGAAAUCUUUGUGUCAUUCUCAGCAAAAAUGUACUUCUUUGUUAGUUCUCAAUAACUAAACUGGUCACUGAUGACCUAAUUAGCUUGAAAACCGACAAAUUAUGCUUUUUAGAUGACAACGUCACAUUUGGGUUUCUCCUGUGAUUAAAUAAGAGUUCCUUUUACCUUAUCUUCAUACGGAACCCUAAAAAAGUGCAAAACCGGGCUGGUUCGCUAGUUUAGCUUAAGAUUGACUGAAUAUUUGAAGUGAAAGUAUUCAAUAUUGUUGAGAAUAAUUCCUGUAAUGUAAAUGUUAGGACAUUCAUAUUAUUUUAAAUAUAUAACUAGAUAAUUUGAUACAUUUUAAGGUCAAAAAUAUCAAUCCGGAUUAUUCCGGACAGUGGUAAAAUUAUGUGAACACUAACUUUAUUCUUAAUAGGGGGUAUUACAGUGUUCUGCCACCAGAGUGCAGCACCAGCGCCUAUCGUAAACCAUAGAGUAACUUUUACAUACCUACUGUGCCUUAAUAAAAUAUGACAUUUAUGCAUCAAGGCGGUUUAUUUACAUCGAAAUUUAGUUACCUGCCUCUUUAUCGCUCGAAUAUUAUGCAAGAGUGAUAGAGGUUUUUGCAAAGACCCUCAGAGAUUGUGGUAGUGGCGCCCCCUACGCAGAGUUUCGCGUAAUAUACCCUAUUAUUAUAUUUUUGACCUUAAUUGUAACUAAGUAGGUAGUGUUUUGUAAGUCUAAAAUGUAUCUUUAUUAAAAUAUAUUA